AUACAGUAAGUGAUUCCGUUGAUGUCCGAUGCUUUUGUUUUGUGAAGUAUUUCUUUGAACCAUGAUGCUACAAAAUAACAAAUUUUGAUAAAUCUAACUGAUUUAGUAGCUCAAUAAUUCGUUUGGACAAAAUACAAUAUAUUAAAACAAUAAAAAAGAAAAUCAUUUACCCUAACAAAGCUAAACACGUGACAACCGAAAAUGUCUUCACGUUCGAAGAAAACUUCGGUUCCUACCUCGACGUCAGGGGCCCAAUCGGUGUCCUCGUCGGCCUCGACAAUCUCCAGUAUGACUGGGUCCUCGGAAACGGCUCUGAGUCCCUCCCGGAGGAGUCGUCUCCAUGAAAAGCACAGUCUGAUCAAUCUCAAUGAUCGGUUGGCCUGUUACAUCGAGAGGGUGCGCUAUCUGGAGCAGGAGAAUGCCAAAUUGUCGCUGGAGAUGUCCGCCUAUCAGGAGAAUGCCGAAAGAGAGGUGGCCAAUCUGAAGAAUAUCUACGAGGGAGAGCUUACCGAUGCGAGGAAGUUGCUGGACGAAACGGCCCGGGAUAAGGCAAAGGCCGAAAUCGACGCCAAACGGUACAUGGAGGAAACCGAGCUGCUGCGGGUCAAGCUGAACAAAAAAAUCAAAGAACUGGCCGAGCUCGAACGGGAGGCGCGAAUCAGCGAGGCCAGAAUCAUCGAGCUGAGUUCCAGCUACAAUAAUGUAUCCUCGGAGCGAAAGAAGCUCCAAGACGAGCUGAAGGACCUUGAGAAGGACAAUGUCAAAAUGAAGAAAACUUUCGAAACCAUGCGAAAAGAUUUGGAACACGAGACGUUGAUUCGGGUGGAUUUGGAAAACAAUAUCCAAAGUUUGCGCGAAGAGUUGACGUUCAAGGAGCAGGUUCACAACCAGGAGCUGUCGGAAAGCAAGAUGCGUCGCCAGAAUGAGAUAAGCGAGAUCGAUGGGCUGCUGAUGGAACAGUACGAAACUAAGCUACAGCAAACUUUACAGGAUUUGAGGGAUCAGUACGAUCAACAGAUUCGUAUGAAUCGUGAUGAAAUCUCCGAUUUAUACGAUGCUCGAAUUCAGAAUUUGGAAAGUCGGUUGAAUGAAGAACGAGCUCAGCACGAAGAUGAGCGCCAGAAGUUGGAGAAAGAACUUGGCCGUAUGCGGGAUGAAAUGUCUGUUCAGCUCAAAGAGUAUCAAGAUCUGAUGGAUAUCAAAACAUCUCUGGACAUGGAAAUCGGGGCCUAUGACAAGCUGCUAUCGUCGGAAGAAACGCGGCUAAACAUCACCCCAAACGUGUCCAGUACUACGGCUCUUGGAGCUUCGCUGAGCACAUCUCGGCCUCCAUUUCGAACACCUUCGCUCAAGCGUAGACGCAACGCCCUCGAUGAUUCGGUAGAUUUCUCCAUCAGCUCGACUGCCAAGGGUGACCUGGAAAUUGCCGAGUGUGACUCCGAGGGAAAGUUUAUCCGAAUUCACAACAAAUCCAAACAGCCCUACAAACUUGAAGGAUACAAACUGGUUCGACGAAGCGAUGGCAACGAUAUAACGUUUAAAUUCUCAAAAUCGUCCAAAAUCGAGGGCGAAGGAACGGUUACUAUUUACGGAUCAGCGUCCCAGCAGAAAGCCGAUCCUCCCUCAAAUCUAGUGAUGAAGGCACCUUCCUGGGGUGGUUUGGGAGAAAACGUAACGGUACUGAUUAAUGCGGAUGGUGAGGAGAUCGCUCACUGUCAGCGUAUUCGAGCCAGAUCGACUAGUCGCUCGGUCGGACCCCAGGAUAAGUACUUCUUGGAGGAAGGCGGUGCACGGGUUGGCGUCAGUGGUCAAGGGUCUACUGCCGAAGGGACAGAUAAAAACAAUGAACAAUGCUCGAUAAUGUAAGGAAAAAGGAUUCUGUAAUUUUUCAUGUUUUGAUGUAGAUUGGAAAACAAACUUUAUCUGUGUAAAUAAGUUUAUCAUUGUAAAAAAAAAACAGAA